CAUGCCUGCAGUGGGCUGAGCGAGAGAGAGAGAGAGAGAGAGAGAGAGAGAGAGAGAGAGCUGGAGGGAGUGGCCGGCCGAGGAAUGACAAACUAAAAAGGCGUGUUGGGUCAGUCACAUCUGACAGCUCUCCAAACACACUACAAAAAACAAGAAGAGUGUCCCGAAUCAAAGAGAAAACCAGCAGCUACAGAGAGAGAAAACCAGAGGAGAAAUGAAGGACACGGCGAAGAAAGGAAACGGAGAGAAGAGAGCUAUGGAUGUCUCAUGUUCAGCGAAUGGGAAAAAAACGACUGGAAGCAAAAAAGAUGAUGACGGAUCAUUUCCAGUGAAGAUUCAGGGUGCAGGUGUCGAACCCUUUGAGCUGCAGGUUCAUGGAUUCUGGCUGGUCCAGGAUGCCAUCAUGACCGUUCUGGGCAGAGAGGAGGUGGCACCGCGCAUGUCUAUCGCUCUGGCCCUUUCAGGUGUGACCCUCGACCCCAUGAUGGAGCUCCAGGACGUCAAGGGCUUCAAAGCUGGAGUCACUCUCCGUCUAGUGGAGGAGCCGUACUCGCCUCGAUCAGCACAGGCUCAUCUGGCACGUGUGCAGGACAUGCUGAAAGCUGUCAGGCCCCAAGACGCCCUGAUGGAGGGCCGAUCUCCCGCUGUAUUGAACACACUCACCCAAACGUCAGAAGCCCCUCCCACUCUGCACUCAUCAAAAAACAAACGAGCCAAUAGUAAGACAGAGCAGUCUGGUGAAGCCCCGCCCCCUCCUGCCUGCAUUCUGCCUGGAGCUUCUGAAAUUCCUCCUUUGACGACCCUGCUGCCCACCAACACACACAGUGAAGCUCCCAGUUUCCUGCUGGACCUGUCACUCAGCUGUUGGAACCCUCCCCCUGGUUUCCGGAAGCUGCAAGGUGACUUCAUGUACAUCAGUGUCCACACUCUGGAGGGCAAGCAUUGUGACAUCACUUCCUGCCCACGUGGAUUUUACGUGAACAGGUCGACCCUCGAAGUGUUUGACCCUCGUCCUGCUCAGUCGACUCCAGUGUGCCACUGUCUGACCGACCUGCUGUCCCACAUCAGCCCACAGUUCAAACACAACCUGAGUACACUGCGGCACAGGCCAUCUCUGCCGGUUGAGGAGACGCUGUCCACUCCGUACCGCACAGUCAGCUGGCUGGGCAUCUCCUCACUUCACUCGCACAAACCCAGCUUCAGCGGCCGGCUGGGUCUGGACCAGGACCUCAGUGUGCAGGCUCCUGACUGGAAUAAGGAACUUCAAACAGCCAGAGAUCUUCCUCAGAGGAGUCUGGAGGAGAGACUUCAGAGGGGCCGAGCGCUACUGCAGGUGAACAGCGCUUUUGUGUGGGCUGUUGCUCAGGCAGCAGAGAAGGUGAUCGAUGGCUUUGUCGACUCAAUCAGCGGUUCUCACGGGGACCCGGCGUUCUUGUGCGGCGGCGUGUUCAUGAGUAUGCCAGCACACAGAGACCAACUGCUGGGAGGAGAACGGAGUCACAGAGCUGCUCAACGCCUCGAGCUGCGAUGUGUUCAGGCUUACAGCGACCUGGACGGAGACCUCCAAAACCUGCACACCAUCCCCACUGCACUGGCUGACUACCGCGGCGUUCGGCUGUCCGCGCAGGGCCUGGCCCCAGGUAUUCAGGGCCCCGAGCAGGCUGAGGUUCCCAGUGGCCUUUUAUACGGCUACAGCGCAGGGCCGCUGGAAAAUCCAUCGAGACGGAAACUCCUAGAGCUGCUGGCUCAGUCCGCAAAGGCUCUUUCUCUGCAAAGACAUGCGGUUCUGGGGCUGACCGGGCAUCAGCUGCCCCUCUUCACCUCUGUAGAUGCCCAGGGGAUUCUGGGGGCCGAUGGUCGGUAUUACCUGCUGGAUGUGUAUCGUACUAUGCCUGCUGAUGCCAACUUCCUGGUAGAAGAUGGAGAAGAAGGAGCAGAAACGGAAGGGAGUUUUCCCCGACGGUACCCUCACGUUUUGUGUCGAUUACGGCCGGAGCUAGUGAAGGCGUUCAUUCAACACAAACAUGCUGAGUUCUCACAGCGAGUGAAGGCUCACAUGGAGGAGAACGGAGGGGUGGAAGAGUGUAUGAAAUCUGCUGAUUCUCCGAACAUAGAUGCAGUCAGAAAAGCUUGCAAAGAUGUCGGAUCCGUCAGUGACAUAAUCUUUGAGAUGCGUUUCAACCCUAAUGUCUACUCCCCAGGUGUGGAGUUUCCAAGCUCAGACAGUGACGCCGUGGAGCUGCAGAAGAGAUUAUUGAAGGAAGCAGCAUCUUUUAUCAUAAACGACCGGAUACCGGAAUUUAUGAACGACUGCAUUCAUGGCACUGACAUACCAAUGGAUGGUGCUUCUUUACGACAAGCCCUCCAUCAGAAAGGCAUAAACCUGCGUUAUCUUGGUCACCUGAUCUUGUCCAUCAGCCAAUCAGAUCGCAAACAUCAACUGAGACACAUCACGAGGUUGGCGUUUGCAGAGAUUGUAGUGCGCUGUGCACAACGGUUCUUCAGUGGCUACAUUCAGGGAGUGGAAACAUCUAACCUGUCAGCAGCAGCGAGUCAUUUCCUCUGCUGCUUAUUGGUUCCCCACUUCAGUUCUGCAUCAAAUGGGGAGGAGUCUAAGAAGCGCUCCAGGAGGCGUGGCCGUGGAGGGGGCGGGGCUGCCGACAGCACGGCAUGGACCGCACUCAGCGGGAAUGAACUGUGGAGUCUGAUCUGUCAGGAUGCUCAAGAAACAUACAGACUUAAAGAAGGACUAGGGUCAAAUGUGGAUCAUCUAGUAGAGCAGUACGGACUCCAGAAGAUAUCCUUGUUGAGAGAGAUGUGCUUGAAGACUGGCAUUCAGCUCCGUCUCAGAGAAUACAUUCUUGACACCCGUAACAAAGCGCCCAUCUCUCCUGACGACGUGCUCAACAUCCUGCCCGUCGUCAAGCACAUAACCAUGACAACCACCGACGCCACACGGAUGUUCACGGCGGCUCAGAACAGUCUUCAAAAAGGGUUACUGGAGCAGGCGUACGAGCAGCUGAAAGAAGCGACAUACCUCUUCGGUCGUGUGUGUGAUGACCUUCACCCUGAAGCCUGCCAUUGUCUCAGUCUGCUGGCCAAAGUGGCCUAUGUACAGGGCCAUCCUGCUGAGGCUCGUAGCGUGCAGCUGAGGGUCGUGGUCAUCAGCGAAAGGGUUCUGGGUUUCGAUCAUCCCAACACCAUUCAGCAAUACGUGUUGUUGGCAGUGUAUCUGUUAGCUGGAGGCGAAACCGCUCUGGCUCAGCGCUGCCUGUAUCGUGCCAAAGUUCUUCUGCUGACGGUUCACGGAGCAGAUCAUCCUUACACUGCAGUCAUUGAUGCUUCUCUGGGAUUGGUUCUUCAGGGAGAGCAGGCAUUACAGUAUCUACAGAGUGCACUGAAACUCAAUAGCUCCUUCAGGGGAGACUUUAUGGAAACAGCUGAAUAA